AUGACUCACAGGACUUGGCCGGGGCUGCCGCUGCGCUCGGGGCGUCUGCGGCCUCGGCCCCGCGCUCUGACCUCGGCCCCGCCCGCCCUGCCCGGGACACCGAGCCGCGGCCGGGCCGGGGUCCCACCCGUGACCGCCCUGCCCCGGAGCUGCCGGAGCUCGGGGGGUCCCCAGCUCCGCCCAGGGGUCCCCCCGCCGCCCCGGUCCCUGCUCAGCGCGGCCGUUCCGCCCGGGAACGCGGGGGUCCCACGGCGAGAAGCCGCGGCUCAGCCCGGUGCAGCUCCCGGAGGGCUCACCGGGAGCUCACCUCUCCCGCGGGACGGACCGCGCUCGCUGCGCCGCCAGCACCGGCAGGAGCAGGGCACAGCGCACCGGGUACGGGACGGGCUUGGGAACCGGGCAGGGACAGCACCGGGGCCGGGGGCGCACAGGGGACGGAACGGGGCGGAACGGGACGGAACGGGAGAGCAGGACCAGCCGCUCUGGCCGCCGCUGGCGCCGCCGCCGCCGGGGCCGUGGCGAGGGCGGCGGGACGAGCCGCCGCUCUCCAUCGACCUCACGUUCCACCUGCUGCGGCACCUGCUGCUGCUCGCCCGCGCCCAGAGCCAGCGCGCCCGCGCCGACUCCAACCGCCGCAUCCUCGACGCCGUGGGGCGCUGA